AGUGAAAAGAAAAGUGUCAAAGUGAAAUGCGUGUGAAGGCUCUUCUGUACACAGUUUCUCUGCAUACCAUUUGUCUAACUUGCCCUUCCUCCUCCCAGCUCUGGGACCGUGUGAAAACAGAGACCUGCACAGGAGUGAAGACAUGCAGCACAAAGUGAACUUUACCUUGCUGGAUCAUAAAUAGAAGCUGUGGUUUCCUGGAGCGGCUGUGGAUCCCGUAGGAAGGAGGGAUGAGGCUUAACACAUCUGGAGCGUUUUGUUUUCCUACCAGUUGUAAAAAACACUGAGCCUUUUGCUCCAUCAGAGGGGGACUUCUGGGACCUGCAGUUUUGGUCUCCCAUUAGCUGGAACGGAUCUGCCAGUUUGCUGCUGGUGAGGAUGUGGAAGCGAGGGACUUCAGGGGUCUGAGGAUAAUGCCAUGCAGUUGAUGGUUUUGCUGCUUGUGCCAUGCUAAGAGGCAGUUCAUCUCUCGCGAGUGUGUUUUUUUGUUCUGUGUGUCUGCUGGUGGCGCUCAGCCAAAGAGCAACUACCCCCAGAAAAAAAGGCUGCAUCCGAGACAUUACCCAUCAGGUGUCUACACUUAUGAAUUGCUCUUCAAUGCAGAAAUUGGAGGACCUUAAGCUCUACACACCAAAUCGUACCAGCUAUGAGCAAUGUCCUCGUGCUACCUUUACAUGCUUCAGAGAUGAGCUGAGCGUCAUAUCGAAUGAGUUGGUGAUCUAUGGCCUGGACAAUAAUCGAACAAAGAGUAUCCUAAAAAGGAUGUCGUUCCUGCUCCUACAGCACAAUAAGCCGGAAUCAGGUUGCUUGCAGUGUGAACUCUUCGAGCAGAAAGAUGUAAGGAAGUUCCUUGGAGCACUUUUAAAUAUUCUUCAAAUGGUGAAUAGUGAGAAAUGCAAAAGGGAGAAUAUCCAGGUUGCCCAAAGAACAACUUUUUCGGAAGGAGACUUUUAACAAAGACAACCUGCCUGAUGAACAAGUCCUUCGGUGUGUUCGAUCUGGAACAAGAGGUCAAAAUAGAGGUUUGGGCCAUGAAUGUUCUAGUUCUGUUUGUUUCCGAGGCCGUACCAACUGAGUGCUCACUGGAUGUUCUGGAGGGACCAGUGACCAGCAGAAGAUCGGUUGGCAUGUUAAAGGUUCUCCCAUGCGACUCGUUGACAGAGCAGAAUUGGAUGAGAAAGUUGGAUAGAGAUUCUCUGGAGCCAAUCAUGGAUCAGAUCUAAAGAACUACUUUAUCUCCCAAAUGUGAGCAACACAACUUUGUGCAUUGAAAAAAAACACAGCUUGCUCAAUCCUGACAUGCUUCCAACAUGUUGUGGUUUCCAGGGUGACCCUGACUUUCCUGUGGGAGUUAAAUGAAUAACAGGGUGGGUGGGAAUAUGGGAGAGGCUAACAGAUCGCUGUCUGUACCACAGCUGGGAAAUAAACGUACCGAAUAUCCUUUGUUUCCAAAGAAAUGCUGUUUCUAAUAAAAACCUCUUUAAAAGUUG